CGUAGUUCUCACGGAAGUGAUAGCAAAAAGUAGUUGAUUCAACAAUUUUGACAUUUCCUUGACUUUUUAAAGAUGUAAACAGAAUAUGUGCUCUAAGAAUUUAGACAGAAAGCAUUCACACAAAGACACGGAAAAAUAUCCAUAUUUCCCUGGUCAGGAGUGAACAGGAGGGAACAAGAAACGUUACGUCAAGAAUCUGGGAGAAAAUGAAGGUUCCAGCACGGAGUUUACUUCAGGCGCUGGUGAACGCCUCCGAGAAAGGUGCCAAAAUUGCCAGGGUCAUCCGAGCAGAGUCCGCGUUACUUGAAUUGCUGGUUCAGGAGAAAGCUGGGGACCAGAAAAAUCGCCGAUUUGUGCAGGAUUUUAAGACCUUGGCCGAUGUCUUAGUGCAGGAAACCGUUAGACAUGAUCUUAGUGCCCAGUUUCCGGGCAUUGGUGCUAGUAUUUAUGGAGAAGAGAGCAACAAAUUCACCAAUGUUCUAGGCGAGUCAAUUUCUGUGCAGGUACUUCAAGACCAAGAAGCCACAGCCCAGCUCUUAUGUUCUGUGCUCGAUGACAACAUGGCUGCUGCCAGGUUGCUGGCCAAGGUUGCUCACGAGGAGGUGCUGGUAGACGCGGGUCCGGAACUGGAUGAUGUGGAUGUAGACCUGGAUCUGGAGGAUCUCGGAGUCUGGAUUGAUCCGAUUGAUUCCACGGCCCAGUACAUUGAUGGUCUGUGUGGUAUAAUCAAUGACAAAGGCCUGGUGUCCUGCGGUCUGCAGUGUGUGGUGGUACUCCUGGGGGUCUACAGUAAAUCCGCGGGGCUACCCCAGCUAGGGGUCUGUAACCGACCAUUUGCACAGAGCACGGGAGAGAAAUGGAAAGGGGAUCUGAUGUGGGGUGUAGCAAUAGGAGAGACAAAAGUUUUCUCCCUUCCAACUGAAAAAACCACCAACAACAAACAAAACCUAGUAGUGCUGAUGAGUCAGAGCGAAAAACCAGACGUCCAGAAAAAAUUCAGAGCCUCGUGUUCUGUCCAACAUGCGGCGGGUGCAGGAUACAAGCUUCUCUGCGUCAAUCAGGGUAUCGCGGAUGCUUAUGUUCUGUCCAAGAGUAGCACCUAUAUGUGGGAUUGCUGUGCCCCCCACGCGAUUCUUCUGGCACAAAAUGGAGGAGUCAUUAGUUACAAGAGUUUAUGUGACUUCAAUGGUGACCCUUCAUCUUGUUCAGAGUUAAGCUUGAACCAGCAGAUUACUUAUCACCAUGACAACCAACCUGGUUCUGGUUCCCAAAGGUGGUGCAACCGAGAUGGCAUUGUUGCAUAUUGCUCUUUGGAGGCAUUACAAGCAAUAAUAAAGGCAAACAGAGAUAAUUGAUCAUUCAACCAAGGAAAGACAACUGGUUUUACCAUAUUUUGCCAUAUAGAUAAUUUUACCUUUUUCAAAAAGUAGUGGUAUAUAGUAUGUGUUGUUGUGUGGUAAAAGAAAAAGAAUAGGGUAUUUAUCAACUCCGUGUGAAAAAUACUUUUGUGUUUUUAAAAGAGUUCAUCUCAAUUUCACAAGGUAAAUUCCAUAUAUAAGCCUCAAUGUUAGAACUGUACAUGUUUUUGUUUAUGUACUGUUAAAUGUUGAAAUAGCACUUGCUGUACAUACCGGUACCAGUAAAUAUGGAAAUUUUUGUGAUAGGGAAGUAUUUACAAAUUUUGGAAAACUUAAAUUAGUGCCAAAAAAAGAAGAAAAAAAAGCUAAAAAACAAUAGAUUUAAAAAAAACAACAACAGAUUUUGUUAUGCACUCUGAACUGUAUUGUAUUUUGGGAAUUCUUUCAUUUUUUUUUCCUGCAGAAAUAACCAGCACAAACACUUUGUUAACAAUAGAAUUGAAAAAUGGAAUGUCAAGGUCAUGUUAUUGUUUGUAACAGCAAAAGUGCAAAAAAUUGUUCUUUAAUCUUCAAAGAUUAGAGAUUAUUUUCAUGGGUUCCUGACUCUUAGCCAAGGUUAUUCAAAUGUAAAAUUUUAAUAUUAUAUUUUAGUAGUGUUGCUGUAUGGGUUUUUUUUUUCAUCAAAGCCCAAUUUUUCAUGAUACAGGGCAAAAUAAGUUGUUUGGUUUUUUUUUCCCAAACUCAGUUAUGUUUGCAAUUUCAGUAUACCUCUUUUACCAUGCAGCAUUUACUUAUGGUGACAAUGGUAUUCCAGAUUUUUGUUUGCAAUGAGAAGAAAUAUUCACAUAGAGGUAUUGAAAAUCUGAUUCCUUCGAAGAUAACACUCCAGAGUGUAGAUUUACAGUUUAGUAUUACUCGUAUUUGAAAAUAAUUAAGAUACGAUUUUUGUGUUUACAUAUGGUCUGCUUUUGUUUUUACUCGUACUUUUUUUCCGACUUCUUUUUAAAUUUUUAUUUUUUUCCCCUCUUGACCAGUAUUUAAACCCUCCAUUAGGUGUGUAGUUGGUCCAUUUCAAAAUAUAUACAAAAUACAUUUAUUUACUAACUAGUCAUGUAAUUAAAUCAUGUAUUUUAUUAGUGCAAUUUUUCUGCUUUAGUUAUAUUAUUGAUUUUAGAUUAUUCAGUUUUUAUGGUGCAAGUUUUGUUCACAAAUUAAGUGUUAUCAUUACCAUACAUGUAUAUGAUACUAUGACAUCAUCAUUUGUGAUGUCAUCAGUUAUUUUUUACCUAUAAUCUGUAACAGGAUGGGAGAAAUAAUGACGGACCAGACCUGGAUUGGAACCCGUACCCCCUGAAUCUCUAGUCAGGUGCUCUACCAACUGAGCUAUUUGGCACCGGUAUUCGAACCAGUCUGACUGUCAUAAUUCUAUCUGUAUUUCAAAUGUGUCUAUCAUUAUGUAUCAAUGUCAAAGACAGUUACUCGCACGUGAUAAUAAGGAGGCAAGAAUUUUGAUACCUGAAUAUAUGAAAUUUAAGUGGUUUAAAUUUUACUACCCCCCCCCCCCCCCACAUACACGAUCUAAAUGUUUUUGGUUUUAACACCCCCCCCCCCCCCCCUUUUAUAUAGACAUUAUUCUUGCAUUGAUGGCACUUAAUUGAUAGGUAGCUUUGAUGAUAAGAAUCAGAUUUAGUAGGUAUCUAUGUCCAUUUAGAGACUAAAAAAAUGUGUAGAAAAUAUUACUCUAACAGUAUUUUAUUAUAUGAAUACAGUCAAUUGGUGAUAUUUCAUAAUAAUAUUGAUGUUUAUUUAUUAUAAUAGUAUUGAUGUAUAUUGUUGUUGUUUUUGUCUACUAGAAGAACGUCAAACAUUUUUAUCAGUGGUUAUAUGCAAAGCAAAAGAAAGCAUGGCAGUUGCAAAUUAUUUCAUUUUUGUUAAUUAAGAGUUGUACAGUAUCUGUGUUUUGAUUUUAUGAUUAAGGUAUUUUGCUGGUGUACGUGAUGCUACAAUGACGGACUCAAGCAAGCCUUGUUUUUUUAUAAUACUCGCACAUUAGUUGCCAUAAUAUUUUUAUUUAAUACAUGUACUUGUUAAUAUAACAAAAUGAUUAUAGGCGUAAGGGAGGUAAUUCGCAGUGAGAGAUUGUGAUCUAGCUAGCUUUUACAGAAUAAAUAGCUAUAAAAGAAUAUAGUAACUUUAGAAAAAAUUUAAGAUGGGGGUAUAGAGUUAAUGGGAAAGGUAAUUGUUGAAAGGGGUAAUUCUUUAUUUUAAUAUGAAAAGACAUAGAUGCCUCCUCCUGAGAGAGAGAGAGAGAGAGAGAGAGAGGAGAGAGAGAGAUUUUAUUUAAUUGCCCUUGUAAAUUAGGAAGAGAUAGAUAUAGGCAAAAGAGUAGAUAAUAUUGCUAUUAAACUACCGGUAUAUAAGAUUUUAUUGAAUUCACAUUUGCCAAUAUACAAUAUGUAUCAAUUAAUUUUUUUUUUUUUCAUUUGAUUUUUUUUCACUUAAUACAAAGGGAGCCUUAUUAAUUUACAAGAAAAAUAAAUACAUAUCAGUGUACCUUGAAAACAUACAAGUACCGGUAAAUACCUCAUUAUAAUGUUAUAUUUUACAAAUUUUUAAAAGAAUAUCAUCUACUGUUUUUUAAUUAUCUUCUUUUUUUAAAACACUGCUAUUGUUGCUCUUAUAUAUCUUUUUAUUUAGCAAAAAAUAAAUUUAGGAAAAAGUAAAACUUCUUCAAAGUCUGAUUUAUAUAAAAGAGGUUUAUACAGAGAUUAAAUGAAUGUACCAUAUAAAAACACUUCCUAUAGAUAACUAUAAGGAAUCGUUCUUUGAGCAUUAUGGGAUUAUAAUUUUGGUCAGGGUGUGAUCAAAUCGAAUAAAGCCUGAAGGGCUUUAUGAGCGAUGUGCAUGAUCAUGCCCUAAAUGAAAUUAUCCCCUCAUAAUAUUUAAAAAUUGAUUUGUUAUUACUCAUAUUUACAUAGUUUUCAGCAAUUUUAGAAAUAUUUGAAUAUAAAUAAGCAAACCCCGCUUGUGCCCCAAUUGUAAGUGAUUUGAAUUUAUUGGACUGUAUAUAGUACAAAAUUGAUACGUAGUGAUAUCACAGGAAAAGACACUGAAAAAUGUAAAUAUAUCCAAUUACUGUGAUGUAUGUCAUUUUAAUGUAGCUGUAGCUAUAUAUUGCUUGCGUUUUAGCUGUGUAGAUGCUUUAGUAAUGUAUUUAUAUAAACCAUUCAUUUUUAGUAGAAUGAAUUUUUAAGAAAGAUGACCGAAAAAUUAAAUCGCCAAAGUUAGUGACAUUAUCCCAUUUAUUAAGCACGCUUGGAACGAUGUCUCAGUUUAAAAUAGUUUUACUCAAUGAAAGAUAUAUACAUGUACAUGUACUUGUAACCAUUCACCAUGCAUAUUAUAACAUAUAUAAAAAGUAUACAUAUAUAUCCUAUUGUAUAUGUUCCUGUAUUUGAUAUUUUAUAAUAAAAAGUUUAUUAUAUUACAAAA